AUGCGGUUCCUACACUCCCUCCUUUUCCUGGCUGCUGGUGCAGCCCAGGCAGCUUCGACGUGGGGAUUCGACGACGCCACGGUCUCGGUGAGCUCUAAGAAGGGUGCUGGUGCCAAGGAAAAGUUCAACGAGAAGGCGCCCCUGCCGCAGUCCAUCGUCCUCGGUAGCUCAGACUCGCUGAAGAUCCUCUUGACGGCCAAAGAGGGCGGCAAAGGCAAGCGGCCUCACCAGGCCUUCGUCAUGCUCCAGGAGCCAACCACCGGGCUCGAGGCGCCGUUCCCGCUGACGGUCAAGGACAAUGGCAAGGCCGUCGUCGAGAUUAAACACAGCGACCUCCCGACCCAACUCGCAGCCUCCACGACCCCGCUCAAGGCCUCCCUAAUCCUCGCCUCAUUCGGCGCCGCCGAGGGUAUCAACAAGCCCAUCUUCGACAUCGACGUCGCGACUGAACCAAACGCGACGCCCAUCGUCGCCGAGAAGCCAAUGCGCUACGGCAAGCUCGACGAUAUUCACCACGAGUUCCGCGCCGAUCCCAAGAGCCCGCCCAAGGUGAUCUCGCUCGUCUUCGUGCUGGCCGUGCUGGCUACGGUGCCGGCGCUGUUCAUUGGCUGGCUCACCCUCGGCGCCAACGUCUCGCACCUCUCCAAGGCCAUCAACGCCGCGCCCCUCGCGCACGGCGUCUUCUUCGGCUCCAUCGUCGCCAUGGAGGGCGUCUUCUACAUGUACUAUGCCAGCUGGAACCUGUUCCAGACGCUGCCCGUCAUCGGCGUCGUGGGCGCCGCCACCUUCCUGAGCGGCACCAAGGCCCUGGGCGAGGUGCAGAGCCGACGUCUGGCGGGGGAGAGGUGA